UUUCAGACGCGCUCGCGUUUUCAGCCGCUCAGCGCCUCAGCGCAACGAGCAGCGCGCAAGGCUGCUAUACAACGCGUAGCGCGAGACGCCUUCGACGCGGCGGCAUCGCUGCGACGGAACCGAGCUCGACCCAUCUAGAGAGCAAAACCAGGCACCAGCCCAGUAGCCCAAACGAUGGAGAAAGAGCCAAUCGCAGUGCAAGGCAUCAAGAUCACGGGCCUCCGCCGCUACCCGCAGUCCUUAGUGCAGCAAGAGCUCAAAAAAGUACAUCAGGCGCAGACCUUCGGCGCGCUGCUGGAAGAAAUAGACGCCGCGACUCAAAAUCUGAACCAGACGGACCUGUUCGAUGACGUAAAAACGAGCAUCGGCGGCGCCGACGCGCAGGGCGUACAUGUAACGAUCCACCUGAGCGAGAAGAAGCCGUACAAGCUGAAGGUCGGCGCCACCACCUCCGGCGCCGCCGACGAGGUGCGCUACGAGGCGGCGGGCACGCUGCGCGGCUUCCUACGCAUGGGAGAGCUCGCGACGGCGACGGUCACGAAGUCGCCGAAGCACGGUCUGGAGCUCGCGUUCGGGCUGCGGCGGCCCGUCGCGACGCCGCUCGCAGUACUAGGCCUGGCCGAAUCCAUCGUAUCCGUCGACGUCGAGGUGGGCGGCCGCGAGGCGCCGUGGGCGCCGGCCACCUCAUCGACACCGGGCCGCCGCGUCGACGGCCGGGCCGUGCGCUGCGCGUGCGCGGCGCGCGACGGCAGCCGGCGGCUGGUGGUGGAGGUCGCGCGGCGUGUUGGUGUGGAUGAUGACGCCUUCUCCGAGUCGACGAAGUGCGCCCUCUCCUAUGCUCUCAGAGCGGACGGCCGCGACGCCGCGGCGGCGCCGACGGACGGCGCCUGCGCUGACGCCAGCGUGGAGGUCGCGGGCUUGGGCGACGCGGGCGACGCGCGCUUCGUCAAGGCGGAGGGCGCCCUCCAGAACCACAUCCGUGUGACAAAACUACAAAACGGCUUCGUGGCCUUGGGCGGCGUCGCGCGCGUCGGCGCGGCCCUGCCGCUGUUCGGGAAUGGUGUGUUGGACCUCGCCAUGCCGGACCGGUUUUACCUGGGCGGGCCGCUGCGAUUGCGGGCCUUCGAGCGCUGCGGCGUCGGCGCGCGGUCGCCGCGGGCGCGCGGCGCCCCGUUGCUCGCGGGCGACGCGACGGCGUUACCGGCCGUCGGCGGCGCGCUGCUCUGGGCGGCGUCGCUCAUAUUAAGCGCGCCGGUCCCGGGCGACCUCGGGAGGCACGGCCUGCGAGCUUUAGCGUUCCUCGACGCGGGCGGGCUCCUCGCGCCCGGCGCGCGCGCUUCACUCACAUCGCUGAUGGCCGAGACGCGGCUCUCCUGCGGAUUGGGCCUAGCCCUCGCGCCGGCGGCGUUCGCGCGCCUCGAGCUGAACUACGGCUGGGUGCUCCGCGCGCGGCCGGGCGACGUCGCCAAGGGGCUCCAGUUCGGCGUGUCGGCGGCGUUCGGGAGCUGAGUACUUAUAAGUUGUAUUAUUAGCCG